AAUCAAAGCCCCACCCAGGCACCCAUUUGCCCAAUUCGACUCGAGCCGCCUCGCCGUCUCGCCUGCUGCGGUGUUGUCUCCCUCUCCCACCUCUGCCUCCCUCUGCGAGAUCUCCCGACUCCAUCUCCAACUCUCCAUUGGUACCCGCACCCUCGUCCUCCUCCUAAACCUAGCCCCGCCCCGCCACUGCCCCAAACCCCCGGGAGAGGAAGCGCGGCUACGGCGGCCAUGGCGACGGAUCGGGAGAAGGAGCGUGAGGCGGAGCUGGAGAGCGCCAUGUACACCAACUGCCUCUUCCUCGGUCUCGAUCCCGCUGUCCUCGGCUCCCCCUCCUCCCCCGCCGCCCGCGUCGGCCUCUUCCGCCACUCCAACCCCCGCCUCGGCGAGCAGCUCCUCUACUUCCUCCUCUCCUCCCUCCGCGGCCCCGCCCAGUCCGCUAAAGACUUCGACAAGGUCUGGCCGAUCUUCGACUCCGCCCAGUCCAGGGAGUUCAGGAAGAUCGUGCAAGGGAUCAUCAGUGACCUGGAGCAACAGGGGGCGCUGCCGCGGAGCAACUCCAGGGUCUCGUCGCUUGCCACGUGCUGCGGGCCAAGAUUUGUUGAGCUUUUGUGGCAACUUUCUGUACAUGCCUUGAGGGAAGUCCACAGGAGAAUGUUUGCAGCUGAUGUGGCAUCAAAUCCACUUCCUGUAGCACUAACAGAUGUUUCUUACCUUCAUGCCGCUGCAUUGCUCCCUGUGACCAAGGCAAGGAUAGCUCUCGAGAGGCGUAAAUUUCUGAAAAAUGCAAACAUAGCUGUUCAAAGGCAAAACAUCUGGUCAAAUUUAGCCCAUGAAAUGACAGCCGAGUUCCGAAGUCUAUGUGCUGAAGAGGCUUAUUUACAGCAAGAGUUAGAGAAGCUACAAGAUAUGAGAAACAAAGCCAAGCUUGAAGGGGAACUGUGGGAUGAACGGCUCUCAAGCUUGUCUGGGCAGAACUCUCAUUUGGUUUCUAAGGCAACUCGUUUAUGGGAAUCGAUAUUGGCUCGCAAAGGCUGCAUUCGUACAGGCCAACAUGAAGUUUUAGCAUCGGGACCAAUUGAAGAUCUUAUAGCACAUCGUGAACAUAGGUACCGUAUAUCUGGAUCACAGUUGCUAACAGCAAUGGAUUUGAGUUCAAGUGUUCCGCAUUCUGAGUUACUAUCAGCUCGAGCUGGUGAAACUUCUCCAUUUUUGGAGAAACAGGAGCAGAUUUCUCUAUUCCAAGGAAAGGAAGAAGUCCUUUCUAGGUUAGAUGAUAGAAAUGGAUGUGCUCAUCAAACUAUUGAUGUAGCUGAAAUUCUACGCCGUUGGACUCAUGCUCUACAGCGUAUUCAUAAACAGUCCCUUCAUUUGGCCAAAGCAAAUGAUGGAGAGGGGCCAGAAUUACUGCGGAGUGCAUCUGAUGGUGAAACCAGUACUCAUGCUGACUCAUUAACUGCAACAUUGGCUGAACAUCGCCAGCAUUUAGUCAGUAUACAGGGCCUAAUUAAUCAACUCAAGGAAGCUAUUCCAACAAUGCAGCUGUCAAUAGCAGAACUCUCAGAGGAAGUGAACAGUUUAUCUAGUAACCCAAUGGAUCAAUUAAACUCCAGACUGCCGUUGUCUGUACAAAACGCAGGGCUUGGAAGACCAGAACAGGAAAGCAGCAGUGAAGUUUCAGAGAUGACUUCUAAGCUCUCUUCUACACACCUGGACAAGCUUGGGGGCAGUCCUGCUUUAAAGCUACCACCAUUAUUUAGUCUGACUCCAAGUUCUUCUGGAAAAGGAACACAGACACAAAAACAGAAUGCACUAGCACGUCAUCCUAGCCAGGAAGUCACGUCAGAAGAGAGAACACUUGCUCUCCCCUCAACUAAAGAUCAAAUGAAUGGUUCAGCGCAUGAAAAUGAUGGCUAUUUUGCUCAUGACAUUAAACGUUCUGUUCGUGAUGCUGCUCUGUCAAAGCCAUUGAGGAACACAGAGAGGUCACAAGAUAAAACUAGUGAUGAUGGUUCAGAGCACUUCUUCAUUCCUCUGUCAACAGGUGCUUCAAGGAAUGAGAUAGAUGCAGUGACAAAUCAACGGAAACAAAGAUUAAGUUUAUCGUCACCUCAGACGAAGUUUCCUAAGAGCAUGAGUGACCUUUACUACACCACCGACAGCCCAAUGAACAUGAGUCCAAUUCUGUUAAGUGAACUGAAUGGACAUGAUCCUAGUAGUGUCAUUUGUUUUCUUGACCCAGUCAGUGGUCUGGCACAUCAGUCAUUUAUCACUGAUGAUGCUCUUGAUCAAGCAUUCUCCCCUCUGUUGAUGGAUUCUUCUUUGUUCCAUGAUGCAGAUGAGGACCUGCUUGCUCCACUGUCUGAAACUGAUGCAGCUUUAAUGGAACAUUAGGCUUCACAUGUACUGUGUAAUAUUCUGACCACUGCCUGAAGCUUUCAGCGCCUGACUGCAGCACGGAGGUGCUUGUGGCUUAUGUUUGUCUCGUUGCAUAUUUGCGGUGAACUUUUGCUGGUCGAGUUGCUUGCCGGCUGCCACCAGCUUGUGAGACGGAGGCUUCUGCAUCCAAUGUUUGGUAUUCUGUUCGGGGAGGUGGCGCGGGUAUUUGAUUUGGAGAAAGCCGGAGAGGAAUAGGAUGCAUAGUGAUGAUAUAGAUGUACCAACUGUAGUGUGCACAGUAAAAAAGUCCAAUCCUGUGUAUUUAGUAUACACCAUCUGUAUUUGUGUUAUAAUAAAUUUAUUCACGUAUUUAAGUGCC